UGGAGAUGGUGGCACUCUCGCGGGCGCAGGCAUCGCAAAUGGCUGCCCGAAAACGAUAGGAUGUUCGUGCUCCUGCUCUACGCCUACCACGAGACGGAGCAGGCCCACUCCAACCUCCGGCACUACCUGAAGCACGGCCCCAUCCCGACAGCACAGGGGCGGCAGGUCUUCGUGGUCAACGGCCCCCAUUCCCUGACGCCAUCUGACUUUGCCAAAGAUGACACAAUCAUAGAACGGGAAAACGAGGGCUUCGAUUUCGGCGCGUGGGCGGUAGGCUUAGAAAGAGCACCAAACGAAGCGUACACGCACGUCGUGCUGAUGAACGCGUCCGUGCGCGGGCCCUAUCUACCGUCAUAUGAGGAGAGGCCGUGGUGGAGGGUCUUCGGCGACCAGCUCGGCGGUGAGAGUAAUGUGGGAUUGGUCGGCACUUCAUUAAAUUGCUGGGCGUCGCUUAGUGAGACGCACCUGCAGUCCAUGUUCCUGAUGUUUGCGUAUGAUCGAUUGGCUGAUGUUGUAGAGCCAAGGAAGUUGCUUUCAUCGAAGCAAGACCACACGGACGCCGUCUACCGGGGCGAGAUCCCCUUCUCGCGCGCGUUCCUCGAAAUGGGCUACGCCCUGAAGACGCAGUUGAUGGCCUUCCGCGCCAUCGAUGGCGUCGUGACGCCCGCGGCGGCGCGGAACGAGGACGGCGGCGUUUUAUAUGGUAUCUGCCGGAGGUUGUUGGCUGUGUGGAAAUCAACCAGUGCGUCGGGUGCACGCGAUGACGCGGUCGUCCUGGCUCGGUCGAGCGGUGAGGAUGCGGCAUCGCCACGCCAUCGAGCAGGCGUCGCGUCGAUGGCGUGGAGGAGGACGCGACGAUUCCGCACGAACGCGCCGUAAAAUUUUGAUUGCCACACAGGUUAUUAGAAUCCAACGCCCACGCGGGCGACCUCCAGUACCCGGGCGAGUACGGCGGUUCCGAUAUCCAUCCGCUUGAGGUCGUGUUUGCAAAGACGGGCCGCGGCGUCGCCGCCGACGCGCUGCGGGCCUACGACGAUUGGCUGUAAGUGUUGUUUUAAAAGAUACCACGGGGCCGUGGCUCGCAAACACGCGAGAGUCGACGAGUGGUAAAAGUGUCACUGGUCCUUAGGGGGAAGGCGGGAGGCAGCGGCGGCGGCGGCGCGGGGGUAUGGGAAAUGCGGCGACAGCACGACGGUGCCCACCCCGUCACCCU